AACAAUGGUUGUAGUUCACUCAACAAUUUCCAGAAAAUUACAAAACCGUACUAUCAGAUAUUACCUUCUUUUCUUUUUUUUUUUUCUUUCUAUUUAAAGACUUCGAACAAUUGAGAAGAAAACAAGUUGGUCUGAGCUUUACAUAUCAUAUUCUUCUCCCCAGUUUCUCCUGUGAAUUGAACCGCCGCACCGCCGCCGUGGGCCGAGGCUGGGCAGACCAUAUUUGCCCUCCUUCCCAUGUUGGCACCAGGUCUUGUCAUCCUUACUACUCUUUGUCAAAAUUAUCAACCGUCUCCCAACAUCUUCAAGGGCUCUCCGGUCCACCGAGAGACCCCGCCGGCGGCCAAGGAAUCGGCGAUUGGUACAAUGACCAGAAUGACCUCCCCCGCGGCGGCGCAUAGAAACGUACAAAAAAACACAACCAACGCAACCACCGAGUAAGCCGGCUCGUCUGGCCUCCAGAGGCCCGAGAGGCCAAGAAAUAUAAUCUGCAAGGGCAAGGAAAUGAUGAUGGUGAAAGCGAAGGCGUAAACUCGAAUCCUGAGCGACUUGUUGAUGACCAUGGAGGCGACUUUCCAGCAAGAGAACAAGAAACAGAGCAUGUAGCCGAUCCCGAAGCCAGAGAAGGCAAUGGAACUCAAGAGUGGGUAGGCGCACAAGACGGUCGCAUUGUCAAAACCGUCCUGUAUAAUGAGAUAGCUCUGAUUGAAGGCGGGGGGCAGUUCGUCCUUGAAGGGGGUGUAAAAGACGAUGAAAAGGUGGAGGAAGAAAAUGGGCAUGGAGACGAGGAGAAGGAAGGCAAUAGCUCCGUAGUCGUGAGGGGUCCUGUUCUUGGCGGACGCAUUGAUGAGGUAGAGAAGGGUAAUGAGAAAACAGGGCUGGAAAAGGCCGAGGGAGAAGAGAGCAUGGAGUUGGCAGAGGGUGGAUUGGUGGAGGGAGGUUAGGGAGGGGAGGAAGGGGUAGAGAUAGCGGCGGCGGAAGAAGGAGAGGCGGAGGAGCUCGUUGAGGGCCCAUGAUGCAAUGAAGGCGACGAGGAGGAAACGGACGGUCCAGAGAGAAUUGAAACGCUGGAGAUGGUGGGAGGUGCGGGACUUGAGAUGGAGGUGGAAGAUGAAGGUGAGGGAGAGGAGAGAGAGGAGGAGGAUAAGGGCGAUGAAGGAGAUGGUGGUGAGAUCGAAGGUCGCAGGAUCCAAGAAAGAGAGAGGAGCAAUGAAGAACAUCGAUUUUUGUCCGUCGCCCCUGGGGUGAGGUGGGGAAGGGACUUCUCCCCUCGCACGCACGCACGCACGCACGCAGGGGCGCGCGGGCAGCAAACGGCAACGAGCAACGUACAAAAACAAGGAUGGCUAAUUAGAAGAGGGCUGCAAUGGGCAAUGGUAUGGGUGGCCGCAGGGGAGGAGGGGGAGACGGUGGACGUAGCAGCACCGAAAGGCUGAGAAAAUGCAUGGAAUAAAGGUGGGGUGAAAGAGGGGGGAGGAGGGCAUCCGGCAACUGGAAAUGCAAAAUGCAAAUGCAAAACGCAAAUGCAAAUGCAAAUGCAAAUUUCAAAGUCAAAACUCAAAAUUCAAAUUCAGUAAUUAACUGCUUGUCUUCUCUUUCUCCUGUCUCCCCCACUCCCUAUUCUGAACCCGCGGGAAAACAGGUUGUUAUGAUAAAAUCCCAUUUUAGAUAGAAGGAUGGAAAUGGAACAAACACAUUAUCAUUAUUAUUAGAAGGUGCUUCAUAGUCCACACACACACCCUUCCCCCCACCAUCUCCCUCUCAGCACCUCAUUUCCUCCCCCUUUCUUCUCCCCUUGGCAUUCCCCUUUUCGAAAUAACGCAAAAUCUUUCUUCUCAAUUUUAGGUAAUAUCAAAACCCUUCUAAACCAAUCACAAACUUACCUCCAGAUUCCAAACUCCCCACCAAACUUCAGCACCUUUCUUUAUCCCUUUUCUUUUUCGGGAGUUUUUCACAAAGGCCAGCUUCCCACUCACAAACUUCGUAGCUUCAACUUUUCAAAGGAGAUUGUCCGCGUCAUGAACUCAAGGGCCGUGGCGUGCAAGCAUUGCCCUUCUAUGUAUGAAUAUACAGGAAAGACAUUGAAUUCCAUCGCUUCGUGUCCUGCCAUCCAUCUCCAGCCCAACAAAACACCAGCCGAAAGCCAAAGCCAAUCGCUUUUUCCUGCCAACCAACUGCCCCCUUUGUAAACACGAUCUGAGGGCCACAGCCACAGCCAAAGCCAAAGCCAAAGCCAAUACCAGCUCUUUCUGGCAAGCCCUACCUUCCCCGAAACUUAUCUUCUCUUCACAAAGUUUAUUUGAUUCACCAUUUUCUUAACGCACUUUAUCUCAACUUUUGUUGCCCACAACCAGAUAUUAUCCUUCAAAACUAAAAUUAGAGGCUCUGAUUGAGACCAUGACUACGAUAUUUUUGUACUAGAGCAGAUAUGUGUGGCUAUGUAAAAGAAAAGGUGUUGAAUGCAUUCCAAGUUAGCUAGGGGAUAAGCAUGCAGUGUAGUGCUUUUUGACACUUACCAAGCCUUUAUAGCAAAAGCGUUUCAAGAAGAAGAAGAAAAUACUGUAGAGGGUUGUGGUAUCCUUAGUUUUGAAGCUGAAAAGGGAAAAUGGAUGCAGAUAACCACUAGGGAUGGACUGGAAAAAGCCACACGUUAGCGAACUCCAUUGGAGAAUGAAUGGACAAAAGUUAUGGAGAGACAGGAGUAUUUCAUACUACCAAAUUUUGAGACCGCAGCAGUAGCCUCUUCACAGAUAUGUUCAACUCCUAGGAGGAGGAGGAAGAAGAAAACCAACAACACGAACAAAAGAAGGUUUAGUGAUGAACAAAUCAGGUCACUGGAGUCCAUAUUUUACUCAUCGGAUUCAAAGCUCGAUUCCAGGAAGAAGGUGCAGCUUGCAACUGAGUUGGGACUGCAACCUCGCCAAAUUGCUAUAUGGUUUCAGAAUAGAAGGGUAAGAUGGAAGUCCAAGGAGAUGGAGAACAAUUUCAGGAGCCUCAGAGCUAAUUAUGACAAUCUAGCAUCUCAGUUUAAAACAUUACAGGAAGAGAAGAACUCCUUGCUCUCACAGUUGCAGAAGCUAAGCGAGCUUGUUCAAGAAGGACCUCGUGAGGGACAUUAUUCCAAUGAGAUUGCAAAAACCAUUUACGAGACAAAAGAAAAGCCACAAAGCUUCCAUGAUGAACUAGGACAGAGUGGAGUCACGUAUUUGAGCAAUAAUUAUAACACAGACAAGAGGGGUACAGAGAAUGGAGAAGGUGAUCGAGGACUUGAAAUGACCCAUUCGUCGGAAGGCAUAAGCAACGACAUAAGCCAUGCGGUGGAGCAAGCAUGUCAACUUUUGAACCCGAAUGGUUCGUUUGAAUCAUCAGAAAAUUGGUGCGGCUUUGAUUCGGAUGGUGGUGGUAUCAUAUUUGAAUGUCAGCCGUGUAGCAGUUUGCAGGAGCUAAGUUUCUGGGGAUGAGAGGAAUCCAAACUCAACUAAAGAUUAGCUCCCAAAUGUUCGUUCUUAUUACUACAUCCACUUAGGAACUUAACAAAGUCCCAACGCAAUUUGCAAUGGCUAAAUUUGAGGGGUUUCCAAAGUAUACUAAAGAUUGGCUCCUAAAUAUUGGUCUUAUUACUACCAGGUGGAAGAUUACCAAUUAGAGUUGAUUACCAUGAACUAAUCCGAGAAACUGUCAUCACCUAGUUGAUUUGUAAUCGUUUACUACGUAAAUAAAAUCCUAGUUCCAACAG